UUGACUUCCCACUUUCCAAGUCGGUGUUGUUUGAAACAUGAUAUUGUUUGUAUUUCUUACACUCGUCUUCACUGUAACAGGAUGUCAGUCUGUGCCGUGGGAGAUGUGGGCCCCUCCUCAGGUGAACGGUUCAGAGAGGGACAGAGUGGCGCUGCCCUGCCGCUUCUCCCACCCCAACCAGGACACCUACACGGGUCAGAUAAGAGUUCUGUGGAGAAAAGGCGAUCGUUAUGCCGAACCCUUCUUUAAAUGUACACUGAUGAACAGCACAGGGGCAACUGGAAACGAGUGCUCUGGGUACGUGGCUGCAGGGCGUUUCUCUCUCAGCGGCGACCCCCGCCACAGGGAGCUCUCUCUGCUGGUCAGCAAGCUGUGGCUGAACGACACUGGCAUGUAUUUCUGCCGGGUCGAACUGGAUUAUAACAAAUACCAGAGUAGUCCUGGAACCACACUCAACGUCACAGGCCCAGCCCGUAUCAUUAGCCUCUCCCAGAAGCCUGUCCCUGACAACAGCACUCUGGAAUGUGUGGCUGUCGGGAAUCCGCCACCAGAGGUCACUUGGUUCUCCUCAUCCAACAGGCAGGAGCAGGCAGCUGUCAAAAAAGCUGACCCGCAGGAUAAGUACACCAUCAGGAGCUCCAUCCGUAUAUCCACCAAGGGGGUCUACACCUGCCGGGCGAAGAACUCAUUGGGCUCCCACAUGACGGUGUUCCCCCCCAGCAAAGGGCCCACGGCCCUAACCCUGUGGCUGAGUGUGCUGGCUGGGCUGCUGCUGCUGGCUGGUCUGGUGGUGGUGGCUUCCCUGCUGUGGAUGAAGAGGAGAGGAGCCUCCCUGAAAAUGGACAUUUGGUGUUUUCAAAAUCGAGAAAGACAGAAAACAAGCAUGUCUGACCCAAAUGGCGAGCAGGAGCUAGUUUAUGUUGACAUAGAUCAUAGUCAAAGCAGUCCAAGUACAAGAGCACCACACAGAGUGGAAAAUGAUAUCAUUUAUUCUGAUGUGAACUGAGAGACCAUCUGUUGCUCCAGACUGAAGAGCGAGCAGAGCAAAGACUGAGGUGUCACAGUCCUCAAAGUAUGUGCAAUGCCAAUGAUACUCUUUUCCUUUUCUACAUCGUCAUAAAAACUGUGGCAGUACUUAAAUGACAAUAAAAAAUAACUUUGCAGGCUACAUUUUCUCUAAUGAAACAUUUACCAUUAACACUAAUUAUUGACAUGUACUCUAUACUGUACGUUGUAUGAAAAUGUGUUUUGAGUUAUUAUGAUCAACCCCAUAUAAUGUGAGUACCAAUGUUUCAAUGUUUAGUCUAACUAUGUGAAAUUUACUUUACUGAUGUCAUCAUACACUUGUUUGUGACAAUGUCACAACUAUCCACACUAUAUGUGUGCUCUUUUUAUGUGGUAUCCACAAAAGGUCAAUUAAAUAUAUUCCCUGCUGGGAUAAUAAUCAAAACUACCCUAAUGCAUGUUCUGCUCAGUUAACUUGAUUAUGUAGGGGAAUAUGUUAAUUAGUCUGAUCAGUUUUGUGCCAUAAGAAAUUAACAAUAAAAACACUGAAACGUUA